UUUUGUUUGACAUUGACAUUUGUGUUAACGUGAUUGUGGAAAAGCGAUUUGUAGAAAUUCACAAUAAAUAAACGAUAUUUUUGUAUUUUCUCAUUUAAUCUAUUGCGUGCCUAUCAACUUCAUUUCUGUUAGCGUUGACAAGUAAUAUUUCUUGAAAUGGGAGAAGAGGACGAGUAUGCUUGCGUAAACAAAGCCCAGCUAAAAAUCAAGGAUACUUCUGGAAUUAAGAAGAAAAAGAAGAAGAAAUCCAGUAAAGACAAAGAGAAACUUAUUGAAAGUGAAAUCAAGGAACAAAUUAAAGAACAAAUCAAGCAACAAGGACCUCAAGACAAACGUACAAAAGCUGAAAUUGCUUUCCAAAGAAUGCAGGAAAAAAUGCAAAAGCAAAGGAUCCAACAAAAAGCAGAGAUGACACACAAGCAGCGAGUCGAGAAGUUCAACCAACACCUUGACAGCCUCACCGAACACUUUGACAUCCCUAAAGUAUCAUGGACUAAAUAAAUUAGCAUUAACACAAUUUUUUUCUUAUUUAGUCUUAUUUUCUACCAUCAUCUGUAUUACCUCAUAUGUCUACUAAAAACAAUACUUUGUCUGUUCUGUAUAUUUCCAGUAGUAUCUGCUAGAUACAGAUAUUUGCUCAGAGUCAUAUCUGUAACCAUACUGAUAUCUUAACCUCCUAAGGCUGAAAUUUCCAGACAAUACUUAAAAUAAUAAGGUUUGGAUUUUAAAAGAUUUUUUUAUUUUGGUCUUACGACUUUAAGAAAGAAAUGUCAUGGCUCAUUAGUCAUUACUGUAUUUGCCCACAAUAUAGUGUAGAGUUCUUUCUGUAACAUUGACAUUGUAAAUACAGUACAGUAAACAUAUUUCACUUGAUAUUUCUCACAGUAGACAGUUAUUAAUCUGGAUAUUUAUGAUAUUUACAAACAUACAAAGCCUCUUUUGAUGUGAUUAAUUUAAAAAUCUUCAGACAUGAAUUAAGUUUUAGUAAUGUAAGUUGUCCUGUAAGUUAUUGAAUGAAAUAAAUUAUGUGAGAUCUAUA